GAAAAAAGUGAUAAGCAGCAAGUAGCUUCUGGGUUUUGCUUUCAAGCGCACUCCUGCUGAAUCGGUGUGAGUGAGUGUGUAUGUGUGUGUGUGUGUGUGGGGCGUUCACUCUUUCUCCUGCCACAGUAGCAACACACUGCAGCAGCGCCGGCCCCGAACAAAAGGCUAAACGCAGCAGAACCACAGGAGGGGGAAACUCAGGGAUAGAAGCAGGCAGAGUGGCCCAGCGUGACUGCACUUCUCAGGGAGCAACUGAACCUGCCAUUUAGCCCUCCUGGCCUCGGACUGGAGACAGGACGAUACAAUAGACCUGCCCACGCUGCCUGUCUGUCUACCUGCCAGAGCUGAGGAACACACCCUGAUACUGACAGUUUUGUCUUUCACUUUGUCUUCAAUUCAUUCAUCUGUCUGACACUGCUACACCUGCCCCACUUCACCUGGGCUUCUUUCUUCUGCAUCCACCUGUUGUCCGAGAUGUCAGACGAUGAUUGCCGCUCGCCCAUCGGCCUGGACUGUUGCAGUUGCUGCCUGGACCUGGCCAAUGGAGGUGAUGACUCCAUGUCUGGCAGUCCAGCUCGGGGCCUCGGUACAGGAGGCCUGCCAGCAAGCCCUACCAGCCCCAGUGUCUUCCGCCAGCUCCGCAACCAGCUGAUGUACCAGAACCUGAACACGGACAAGCUGAACAAUAUCAUGAGGCAGGACUCCCUGGAGUCGGUGGUGAGGGACCCCUGCUUCCUGCUCAAUGAGGGCAUCUGCAACAGCAACAGCAAUAUUGACCAGACCAUGCUAUCUAUUCUGCUCUUCUUUCACAGUGCCUCUGGUGCUAGCGUUGUGGCCAUCGACAACAAGAUUGAACAGGCGAUGGACCUUGUCAAGAACCACCUGAUGUACGCUGUGCGUGAGGAGGUGGAGAUCCUCAAAGAGCAGAUCAAAGAGCUGGCGGAGAAGAAUAACCAGCUUGAGAGAGAGAACUAUCUGUUGAAGAACCUGGCCAGUCCGGAGCAGAUGGAGAAGUUCCAGUCUCGCAUCCCGACAGAUGUGCUGCUACCACUGGAUAAUCAGAGCAUCCAGGUGACCCCAGACCAGCAGCAGCAACAACAGCACCUGCAGACCUGCAACCACAGCACUGGCUCUGCUGUAUAAGUGGCUCUGCCUUGGGGCGGGCAGAGCCACUGUCCCUUUACAGUAAUGGACCUCCAUUUUAACGCAAGCGUUAGAAAAUUCGCCGCCACCGAAAACCCUUCAAGACAAUGAAGGAGUGAUAUCGGGGCUGUAAAUGACAGAUGGGACACAAAAGAACAGUUGACACUGAUAAGCACAUAACAGAACUUGAGACGCUCUGACUGGUGCGGUGUCAGGCCCGUCCUCAGAUACCGUCCAACUCUUUGUUGUAGUCUCUUUCUGUAGACAAAAGCGCUAAGAAUAGAGAGUGGGCUGACUAGACACCAACGAGCGCUUGCUUUCAGACAGAGGGGAGCUUUCCCUGCCAAGCCAAACCCUUCCAACAUGCACCCUUUGCUCCAGAGGGAGGGGGUGAGGAGGUGUUGAUCGGGCUGGCCCUGGCUGCAGGUGCUAACUUGGAAAGUGAGGUGGGUGCUCCCUGCUCACCCAGAGUAGACCCAUCUGAGAUGGUCCUCCAAGUCUCAACGAGUAGAGCCCCAUCAUGUGGAUUUUUUCAAUCUCAAAGUACAAGUUUCAAGGACUCCCAGCUUCACAUUUCAGCCACACAAUGAGGACUUUUCCUGUACCUACAAUGUAUUACUCAUGUGUUCAUAUACAUUUAAGCAUAACAAGAAUAAUCAACAGGAUAAGCUAAGGCAACAGAGGUGGAGGUUAAUGCAGUACAGCCUAAAGCUGGUGGAUCACUGCAGCAGACUGAUCAAUCUACUGCAUUGAUUCAUAACAUGUAAUCUUGUAUUGUCUGCAGUUGGGGCUUGCUGCUUAUGGGGGAAAUUAAUCCUGCUAUAUCUUCUGUUUUUGUUUGUGAUUCUGAACAAAAAUCAGUUGUUUGUAAAAUAGGAGCAUUGUACAUGGUCUUAAAAGAUUAUUUUUUGUAUAUUUGUGGGGGGGAGGCAUAUCUGCCCACCUUGUUUGCCUUGCUCUUCACAGUAAAGGGUGACUACAAUGUGCAUAAAACUGAAACGUCCUGAGAUAAAUGUAGUGGGGAUGAUAGCAAGCAGACGGCUGCAUUUUCGCUGCAGAUGCACUCCUGAUUUUCGCAGCGUCGUCCAGUAUGUGGUCUGUCCUUUGCUCAGAUGCCAACUUGAAAACGAUGGCAUGACAACAGUGCCUGUCCAUAGUAAGAAAGGAACACAUUUCCACACUGAGCUCUGUUGUUGUUGUUGUUUUCUAGUUACCAAAGACUUUUUUUUUUUCCUUUUUUUUUGAGAAGGUGAGCAAACCAGGACCAUGUGUAAAACUUCACAGGGAGAAGUUGUGUUUUUGUAGCUAGUGAUAAAGUUUCUAUGUGUUUUGUAAAGAUAACGGUAUUGUUGCUGUAAAAGUAUCCAUAAAACAGAUGUUUGCUGCUGUGUUUGGAUACAACUGCACAUUUGCAAUAAACCUUAUGUUUACACA